AUGUCCUGCAUCACAAGGAUAUUGUGUUGUUUCCUAAUAAUUCAUGUUGCACAAGUUGCUGCCAUUGCUAUUAAAACAUCCUCCAUCAACUACAAUGCCACAUCUUCGGGAUAUAAUAAUUUAAAUAGCCCCAUGGAAUAUGGCUACAAUGGGAAUAGUAGUGGCAAUGGUGCUAAUUUAAGAAGAUAUGUUUCUGGAACUGGUCGUCCCUUUUCGGCUAUUCGCAAUGAGUCGUUGCCGCAAUCAUUGGUAUCGCCCACACCGGCAACACAUAAACAUUUAAGGAACAAAUCACGUCCAUUGAAAUGUCAUUGUGACAUUUGCAAAGAUAACAACUAUAUAUGUGAAACGCAGGGCUACUGUUUUACCUCCGUGGAAAAGAAAGAUGGAAACACAAUUUUCAGUUACAGAUGCUUUCCUGUAGAAUACCACUUACCGCCCGAAGACCCGGCCUGGUGUCACGUAAGCACCUCUGAGUCCUCUAUACAAUGUUGUGAUGAAGAUUUCUGUAAUACAAAAGAAAAUUAUGCUGGUACAUUGCCAGAUUUUCCGCCGGAGGAGACCAUAAACUCAUGGGUAUUGGUCGCCAUUAUAUUUGGAGCCACAUUGUUUGCCUGUCUUUUGGUAUUUAUGUCGUGGUGCUUUUACCAAAAACGUAAACAGGGCACUAGUCGUGCGCGUCCCUUCGCUCCCGAGGACUCGGUAUAUGAUCCAAUUUUGAAUGGCAACACUCUGCAGGAUAUCAUCGAGAUGACAACAUCUGGAUCUGGUUCAGCGGGGCUACCAUUGUUGGUCCAACGCUCGAUAGCACGCCAAAUACAGCUGUGCCAUGUAAUUGGAAAGGGACGCUUCGGAGAGGUGUGGCGUGGUCGCUGGCGUGGCGAAAAUGUGGCUGUGAAAAUAUUUUCCAGCCGAGAGGAAUGCUCGUGGUUUCGUGAGGCCGAGAUAUAUCAGACUGUCAUGUUGCGACAUGAGAACAUAUUAGGCUUCAUAGCAGCCGACAACAAGGAUAACGGUACAUGGACCCAAUUGUGGCUGGUCACCGAUUAUCAUGAAAAUGGCUCCCUGUUCGAUUAUUUGACGUCGCACACAGUUGACACGAAAACCAUGCUCAGUAUGGCAUUGUCCAUUGCCACGGGAUUGGCCCAUCUCCACAUGGAUAUUGUGGGCACACGUGGCAAACCAGCUAUUGCCCAUCGAGAUCUAAAAUCCAAAAAUAUUUUGGUUAAAUCGAAUCUAACCUGUGCCAUAGCCGAUCUGGGUUUGGCUGUAAGGCAUGUCGAAAAGAAUGACUCGGUGGACAUACCAUCGACUCACCGCGUGGGUACUAAACGUUAUAUGGCACCUGAGGUAUUGGAUGAGAGCAUGAAUGCUCAACACUUUGAUUCGUACAAGAGAGCCGACGUAUACGCCUUCGGCUUGAUAUUGUGGGAGAUUGCGCGGCGCUGUAACAUAGGCAUGAUAUAUGAUGAAUAUCAGUUACCUUACUAUGAUGUCGUGCAGCCGGACCCCACCAUAGAGGAAAUGAAGAAGGUCGUGUGCAUAGACAAAAUGCGUCCUAAUAUUCCAAACCGUUGGCAUGCAUCCGAUGUGUUACACAGCAUGGCCAAAGUUAUGAAGGAGUGCUGGUACGCAAAUCCCGUAGCUCGACUCACUGCUCUCAGAAUAAAGAAGACUUUGUCCAAUAUACGAGUUGAAGAGAAAGUUAAAAACUGAUUAUAAACAUAGGAAGUAUAUAAUUCCCAUUCCCAA